UGCCACUUCAUUCUUACGACAAGGGGCGUGGCUGUGGUCUGGAUUCUUGACGAGUACGUACGUUUGGGGCGCCAUGGCCGGCGGGGGAGGGAAAGCCAAGCCGCUCGAGUUCACGCCGACAUGGAUCGUGGCGUUGGUCUGCUCCGUCAUGAUCAUCAUCUCCCUGCUCUUCGAGCGCUUGCUCCACCGCCUAGGCAAGAGGCUGAUAAGGAGUCGCAAGAAGCCGCUGUACGAGGCCCUCCUCAAGGUGAAGGAGGAGCUGAUGCUGCUGGGGUUCAUCUCGCUGCUGCUCACCGUGUUCCAGGGCCCCAUGGGGAAGCUCUGCGUCAGCCCGAGCGCCAUGCUCCACCUGCAGCCCUGCAAGCCGCCGCCGCACGAGACGGACCACCUCGGCGGCGCCGUGUUCACCGGCGUGCUGGGUGGGGGGAGGCGCCUCCUGGCUGGAGGAGCCUCCUCCUCCGACGAAUACUGCCUCAAGAAGGUACUACAUACUACUCCAGCUCAACUGGCAUGGGACGUGCAUGAUUUUGUCUGUGAUGCUCUACUUUUCCUUCUUCUUCCGUCUUCGUCGAUCUACUGUUUUCCGUCUUUGACCCGUUCAACCUUGUUGGCAUUUGGCAUGCAGGACAAAGUUCCAUUACUUUCAUCUGACGCUAUUCAUCAAUUGCACAUAUUUAUCUUCGUGUUGGCGGUCACCCAUUUCCUUCUCAGUGCUAUUACAGUUCUUCUAGGAAUUGCACAGACAAGGAAUUGGCGACAUUGGGAGACCAAGAUCCAAGAAAAUAAUGACAGUGCACCUCAAAUGAUCAAGCAUGUUCAAGAAUUCAAAUUUAUUCAAGACCACUUCAAAGGUCAUAGAAAACGGUCGAGGAUAUUUGGUUGGAUGCGUUCCUUCUUCAAACAAUUCUAUGGAUCGGUCACCGAGGAGGACUACACAACAAUGAGACUUGGUUUCAUCAUGAAACACUGUAAGGGGACACCAAAAUUCAACUUUUAUAGUUACAUGAUCAGAGCUUUGGAGGUUGAUUUUAAGAAAGUUGUUGGUAUUAGUUGGUACCUUUGGGCCAUGCUGAUGAUAUUCCUACUAUUGAAUGUUGAAGGGUGGUAUGUCUACAUUUGGAUUACCUUGGUUCCAUUCAUUAUGUUACUUGUGGUAGGAAGUAAGAUGGAGCACAUCAUAACGGAAUUGGCUUAUGAGGUUGCCCAAAAGCAUACGGCUAUUCGAGGGGAUUUAGUAGUUUCUCCUUCAGAUAACUUCUUUUGGUUCCACCGGCCUAAAUUAGUUCUUCUGUUGAUCCACAUAGUCCUAUUUCAAAAUGCAUUUGAAAUUGCAUUUUUCUUCUGGCUCUUGGUGACAUAUGGUUUUAAAUCAUGCAUCAUGGGGAAACCAGCAUAUGUUAUUACUCGAGUUGUCAUAAGUGUAAUCUGCCAAGUCCUUUGUGGUUACAGCACCCUACCACUAUACGCCGUCGUCUCCCAUAUGGGGAAUUCUUUCAAGAAGACUAUAUUUGAUGACAAUGUGACUGAAGGCCUUGUCAACUGGGCUGAAAAGGCUAGGAGAGGCACAAGAACCCCAAAUAAAAUUACUACAGAUGCAAGUAGUUCACCAAUUGAUGAGGCAAAUGGUGGCGCGGUUCAAAUGACAAAUACACGGGCAAACUCAUCGGUGGAGCAAGGCACCGCUAGGCUGAUAUAAUCAUGUACAUUAGUUGCUAAUACAAAGGGCCCUAUAGCAACAAUUUUGGCAAGUGUACAGAUAUAUUUUUAGAGGGCACACAUAUCUUUUGAUAAUGCUAGCUAUUCAUGUGUUCAA